AUGUUGAAGCCGACUCCUGCGAGUCAAACCCCCACUACCGCGGCAAAAGCCCGGCGCCAGGACGCGGAUGUGCGGAAGUUCGAGGGAAAGGAAGGCGGAGUGGUCUUGAGCAAGCCAGUCAGAAAUCAGCUGAAACGUGCCAAAGAUUUUCGUCGGGUGAACGAGAUAAUGGAGCCCUGGCUCCAGAAAAUGGUGCCACAGCAUUUCUUGGUAAAUUGUGAAGACAUCAACUGGGGGCCAGGUCUUGGUCAACCAGAUUUUUUUGCCACUCGUUGUUACGUAGCAGUGUCUCCGAAGCAGAAGCGAAAGGGAUCCCACUAUGGACGGCCAGCGCUCAUGGAUUCAGUCACAGCCCUCUUUGACGGCAAGCUCGAUAUACAAAUCAGCCAUGAAGACCGUCUUCAUGCGCUUUUGAGUCACACAAGUGCCAGCUUUGGCCUGCUGUAUGACAAGAAAGGUUUUCGACUGCUGAUCGCGCAUGGAGAGCGGGGUACGUCUAAACAGCUGAUGGAAAUAUGGAGUGGCGUCUGGGAGCAGGGAGGCACGCUGCAAUUUUUGGCUGAGAAGUUUGCAGAGCCUGCCCAUGAGCGCCGUUUGGGCGCUUGCCUUGCAGACUGCGGGGCUACGAUGUUGGGUUUCUUGGGACAGGGUGGCUUUGGAAGAGUCUUUAAGGUCAAACGCAAAAAUGCUCAUUAUGCUAUGAAGGUGGCUACU